UCUAGAGAAUAUUUGUUUGUCCGAAUUCAAAGCAAUUGACACAUCAUCAAGGUUCCAUCCUUGACAUGGUAUUUUAGUUAAUAAUCCCUUACGUCUAUCACAUUCUCUUAAAAGUUAGAUAAUCUUGUUAACAUGGUAUUAAUAUAAGUAAGUGAUAGGGAUGUGUCUAUAACACAUUGCGAGCAUAUGGUUCAAAUCAAUGUCUCAAACUGAUUUAAACUAUUGAGCUGGUCAAUUAAAUUGUUUGAAAUUCAUGGUCGAAUUGGGGUCCAACCAAUUCAAGCUAUCUUAUCAAUAUUAUAAAAACGUAUGUGUAUAUAUGGUAAUAAUUCAAUAUUUUCAUAACCUGAAUGUCAAUUACAGGUACCAUACAGUAAUUUAACAAUUAAUAUGUUGUUUGACUCUAAAAGAUGCGUAUAUUGCUUCAUUUUCCAUAAUAUAUUUGGGAGAGGACCAAAACGCAACAUUCUGUCUAAUAGUUGAGAAUUGGUCAGUGCAUUUUGUCUAAUAGCUGCUCUUUUUUCUAUUUUCCGCCCUCCAUCCCUUCCUCCAUCCAAUGGUUUAGAUAAGUUUGCAACAACAACAAAAAAGCGACGGCCUGGUAAUUCCGACAUGCUACCUUUUUUUUUGUUUGGCCUGACACGGAUCCAGAGGAGAGAGAAAAGACAGAUGGGCAGCCAAUGUCUACUUUUCCUAAUUCUCAAUUGGAUCCUACAAUGUUCAUUUUAACUUACAAUUAAAAAAAAAAUUGUAUAGAAAAAAUGCAUUAAUUAUGAUCUACACAAUUACAUCCAUUUUUCUAUAUUUUGAGCAAAGAAAAAAAUUAACUCUUUAAAACACGUGUCGAUUGUAUUAUUAUUACUGUCAUAUAUAUCAUAUCAUUAUGAUAUAUCUUGAUAUGAUGAUCCAUCUCCUUCAUUUCAACUCAGAAUUAAAAAAAAUUUAUAGAAAUAAUGCAUUCAUUAAGAUCUAUACAUUGAUAUCCAUUUUGUCAUAUUUUGUCAAACAUAAGACCCCAUACUAACAUUGUAUCAUUGUCAUAUCAUGGUAUUAUUAUUAAGGUGAUAAUAUCAUCAUACCAUACUAAUAAUAUCAUGAUAUGACAGUGAAUGAUGUCAUCAAAUUAUUUUGUUAAACAUAAUACAUCAUAAAUCAACAUCAUAUCAGUGUCACGCCACCAUCAUUAAUUAAGUUAUACACAAUGAUAUUUAUUUUGUUAUAUUUUGCCGAACAAAUUUAGGUUUUGUUGAACUACAAAACUAUUGGGUUGUAUCCUAAACCAAGAUUUUUUUAAUGCAAAAUAUGUUUACAUGAAUAUCAUCUUAUAGAGUAUAUUUAAUUUGAUUCUUAUUAAAAAAUAUAAUAAUUAAAUUAGAACAAAUUUAUUUUGAUUAACUAAAAAGUGAAAAAGGAGUGGAUCUAGUUUAAAGUUUUUCUUUUUAUUUAUACACAUGAAUUAUGUGCUUGAGAGCACCUCUUCCACUAAUAUGGAAGGUUGUUUGGAUCGAUAUGCGGUUGAUUAAUUUGACCUUGAUCCGGUGAGAAAAACGGGUGUCACAUACAUGCAGGUAGUCAUGUAGCAAGAUUCGUGAGUUGGAAAUCAUACAUCAUCUUUUUUUCCUUUGAUUUGUGAAAUGCGCCUCUUUUCAUUUUUCCACCUUCACCAAAAGCUAUCUUUAUAAAUUAUAAGUUGAACAUUCAAAUAUUAAUGUUAUAUGAAUGUGUUUGAUUUUUCACUAAUAUUGGAUCCAAGUACGAAUUGUUAUUUUGAUAUAAUCUUCUAAGUUAUUGAUCGUAUGUUAGAUAAGAUUGAUAUAUUUUAUAAAUGUAUAAACAAUAUAAUGAUAUUUUCAUAUUCCCAAAUAAACUGAAUUAAACCGAUCAAACCAUUAACCCUCAAUUCAUAUACUCAAUCGUACCAACGGCCUAGACCAGUUGACAACUUAAUAAUAUGUUUCGGAUGCUUGCUGGAAAUAAGUAGCUGGAAAUAUGUAGAGGGUAUAAGUUUUGUCAAAUGAAUCCGUCCAGUAAUAAGUUUGUCAUUAUUUAAUUAAUUUAAUUAAGUUUAACAAAAUACCGAACACUCCUUCCGUGCUAUGCGUACAACACAGGAAAAGUAGAAUGAUAUGGGUUCUGUCGAGGAACCUCUUUAUAUGUUUUUGAGAAUACAUAAGAAUUAAUAAAUGAUUUGAUCGAUUUGCAACACUUUUAUUAUGCUAUAAAGAAUUGGUGAAUUUCUACAAAAAAAAAAAAGAAUUGGUGAGUUAAUUUACAACUUAAAAUUGCACCAUAAAGUUAAAUAUAUAAGUUGAGGUUGUACAAUAAAGGAAUUUAUACCUUUAUGUUAUAGUACAACUUGAAAUUGUACCAUUACACAAAUGUGUAAGUUCAAGUUGUACCAUAAAAGAAUUUGUACAAAAAAGUAUAGGUACAACGUUGUACCACAAAAACAAAAACCUAUAUCACCAAAAAUGUAUAACAUUGUAAAAUUCCUCAUCGAUUUAUCAGCUAACUUUGACCCGCCCCAAUCAACCAAUGUUAAAGGCAAUCAUUUCUUUUGUCCACGUGAGAGUCAGGAGCUGGAGGGUUAUAUUAUUUAGGCCCAACCAAUAACGGUUGUUUGGUUUUGAUGAUAGUUUGGUUGAGAUAGUUACAAUGCAUGUAAUGUCAAUAAUGCAUCGUUUUUUUUUUAUUUUCUGCGCAAAUAAUACAUGCAUUGUUUGUUUGAUUUGAUACAAACUAUCACUCAAAAUGAGUGAUAGUUAAAUCUCAAAUUUUCGUUGAGAUUGUUUGAUGGAGAUUAUUGUGUUUUCUUCUUCUUCCAAAUAUGUCCCUACCUUUUUAUGUGUGUUGCUUUUUUAUAGGGUUAAUUGCAUGGUUGGUCACUGAGAUUACAAAAAACGUUCAUUAUUGGUCACUCGAAAUAUUUAAAUCGUGUUACUUCAGUUUACUGAAACCGUUCAUAUUUGGUCACUGUCCGUCCAACUCCGUUAACUUUUGCUGAUGUGGCAGUCAACUCUCAAAGUUGACCGUUAACUUAGUGACGUGGCAACUAAAAAAUUAUUAAAAAUAAUAUAAAAAAACUUUUAUAUUUUCCACCUCAUUAUUACAUUCAUUAAAAAAUAAAAAUAAAAAAACCUAAUUUCUUCCACCUAGACCCUUCACCUCCCGCCGGCGGCUCCCAUCGCCGCCACCAGGCCCACCGCCGAUCGAUACAACCCGCAGCGAGCAUCUCCGGUACAUCAAAUCCAUAGGGGUAGUCCACCCAAACCCACAACCCCACAAGCUCCCCUCUCCCGAUUCCACCUCCAAAAUCAUCUUCGGCAUUCCACAACAAACUUCCCCUGUUUUGCAUUCUCUGCAAAGAAUUAGUAGUGGGUUUUCACUUUUACCAGCAGUGGAGGAGAGAUCCAUGGCCAGCAAAGCUUUGCUUUGAGCUUUGACAACCCACCAGAAAGAUAAAAAUAAACGAAAAUAGAAGGGAGAGCGAGACAGUGAUCGGGCGAAUCAAAUCUAGAGAGAGAGAGAAGGAGGAAACUGCUAUUUUCAGCUUCCUUCCCAACUUCCCAAGUCAAUCCAAGCUCUCUCUCUCUCUCUCUCCCUCUCACUCGAUACUGUCUUUACUCUUUUGCAUCAAUCCAUAAUUUGGUUGGAAUCGGAGGAGGAGGAGGUGGAGGGGGAAGGGGGGAGAUUCAGCGCCGGCCGCAGUCAGCAGCUGAGCUGAAGCAAUGUUGGUCCAGGACCGUUUACCGACGUCGCCGCCUCCGCCCAAAUCGCCCAAAUCCAACUCGAAAUCGAAGCUGCCCACCACCGUCUUUCACCACCCAAUUUCCGGCCGCCGAUUCUCUCCAGCCAAAUCGCUCGACUUCUGCACUUGGUUCUCCGACAAUCUCUACAAGAUCGUCACAAUCGCCUUCCUCGUGGCCACGGUCGCUGCCCUCUUCUUCCUCCGCAAUGCCGGAGACACCUCAGCUUUCCUCUACCUCCAAUCAAAAUCCCACCCCAUCGACAAAACCCUCCGCAUUGGAGAAGAGAAUGUCGGGGCAUCGGGUGAUCAGACCCCGAGACUGUUCAGGGGAAGCUCCAAGGUCGGAGGUGAGAAAUUGGAAGACGGGCUCGAUGUAGGAGACGUCGAAUUUGGGGGAGAAGAGCUCGGGGCCAAUGGAGGCGAGGCGGGGGAAGUCGGCGUUGGAGAAGCCCUUGGAUUUGAAGAAGUCGACGAUGGAGAUGAUUUUGGAGGUGGAAUCGGGAGACGGGCUCGAUGUAGGAGACGUCGAAUUUGGGGGAGAAGAGCUCGGGGCCGAUGGAGGCGAGGCGGGGGAAGUCGGCGUUGGAGAAGCCCUUGGAUUUGAAGAAGUCGACGAUGGAGAUGAUUUUGGAGGUGGAAUCGGGAGAUGGGAGCUUGUGGAGUUGUGGGUUUGGGUGGACUACCCCUAUGGAUUUGAGGUACCGGAGAUGCUCGCUGCGGGUUGUGUCGAUCGGCGGUGGGCCUGGUGGCGGCGAUGGGAGCCGCCGGCGGGAGGUGAAGGGUGUAGGCGGAAGAAAUUAGGUUUUUUUUAUUUUUUAUUUUUUAAUGAAUGUAAUAAUGAGGUGGAAAAUAUAAAAGUAUUUUUAUUUUUUUAAUAAUUUUUUAGUUGCCACGUCACUAAGUUAACGGUCAACUUUGAGAGUUGACUGCCAUAUCAGCAAAAGUUAACGGAGUUGGACGGACAGUGACCAAACAUGAACGGUUUCAGUAAAUUGAAGUACCACAAAUGGAUUUAAAUAUUUCGAGUGACCAAACUUGAACGUUUUUUAUAAUCUCAGUGACCAACCAUACAAUUAACCCCUUUUUUAUAUUAAAAACAAAGGAUAAAAGUGACAUUUCACCCCAAAAAGUAAUAUAAUUUAUUUAAAUACUACAAUAACUAUCACAGAAACCAAACGAUGUAAACUACAAUACACCAAUUUUCUAAUAUACAUGUAUAUUAUUAUGCAUGCAUUGAUGACAAUACAUCGAUUUAACUAUCACCAAAACCAAACGACCCCUAAAUUAUAAAAUAUAACUCCGUCCUUUUGAUCAAUUUGGUCUUGGUUAUUGAAUCUAAUUUGAUAUGAUUAGAGGUUUUAGUACCUAAUCAUCAGUUUAAUCCAUACCUUUUUAAAAGUUGAACCCAAAUUAGGGUUAAUUGCAAGGUUGGGUACUAGUUUACGAAAAAUGUUCACGUUUGGUCACUAGAAAUAUUUAAUUCCAUUCGUGGUCACUAAGAUGCGUUAAAUAGAUCAAAUUUGGUCACUCUCCGUCCAACUCCGUUAACUUUGUCUGAUUUGGUAAUCAACUCCCAAAGUUGACCGUUAACUGAAUGACAUGACAAUUAAAAAUAAUAAAUAAAAUAAAAUUUAAUCUUUUGCCAUUUUCCAACUCAAUAAAUAAAAAUAGAAAAAAUUAUUAUAAUUAUCAAAUGAAAUUUCUCUAAAACCCCCGCUCCCUGAUUUCUUCUCUAGGUUUUAUCAGAUCGCCCAAUCUCCCAUGAGAACCUGCCACCGCGCCCGCCAUCACCAUUACCGUCGGCGGACAUGAGUCUAGUAGCUAGCUCCAACAAAAUAUUCAUAUGGGUUCAAACUCAACCCACCUUAACCAGCGACAAUUUCCAACCUUAGUUCCCUUCUUCUCCGCAGCGACCUCAAAAUUUCCGAUCGACUCUUCCCUUAACUCACCGCCGUCCUCAUCCUGCCUCCAUUGUCGCUGUUCCUGUAAAACCCAGCCAUAGAAGCAGAAAUCACAAAAAAAAUUUGAAAUUGAAAUCGAAAUGUUCAUUUUUCCGGCAUCCAAACAAGAAAUUGGAAAGGAGAAAUUGAUGGGAGGAAAGGAAAAGAGGGGGGAGGACUGACUGAUUUAAAGGCGUCCAAGUUGCGCCAGGAGGGGCAGUCGGAGCCCCGUGAGUUGAUGAUGAGAGGGAAGAUGGAGGAAGAGAGGGAUAAGGAGGAGGAGGAGGAUGAGCGAGUUGAAUCGGCAGAGCUUUUGCGCGGACAGAGAGGAGUGGAAGUGAGGGGCGGAGAUCCGUGGGUGGGGCGACGACUGCGGUGAGAAAAUGACGAUGACGGCAGGGGAUUUGUGGUCGGUUGUGGUCAACUGAUAUUUAUAAUAAUUUGUUCCUAUUUUAUUUAUUGUGAAAAUGAGUUGACAAUUGUAAAAGAUUAAAUUAAAUUAAUUUUUUUAAUUUUUAAUUGCCAUGUCAUUCAGUUAACGGUCAACUUUGAGAGUUGACUACCACAUCAGACAAAGUUAACGGAGUUGGACGAAGAGUGACCAAAUUUGAUCUACUUAACUCAUCUUAGUGACCAUAAAUGGAAUUAAAUAUUUUUAGUGAC